AUGAGUGAAGACGAUCAAAUUGUGAGACAGAGAACAGAUAAUAUUCCAGACGAGCAAAUUACCGCCGGACAAGAUGAGUCGGCUGCAUCUAAAAAACAGCCAACAACAACAAGCGACGAAGAUGACGAUGAAGUGAUUGAUCCGAUUAAACCAGAUUUUCAUGCUGCUGAAAAGUUACAUCAAGGCACUGGUCAUGUACCACCAGUGAUUAGCUUUCUGAGCAAUUUUCUUUCACCACGUUGGGUCAAUUGGACUGUACGCUUGUUUACAGGUAUCCUGUUGAUAUCUUCAUUUACACUGUUAAUCUAUUUGGGUCCAUUGGCAUUGGUACUUAUGGUGUUAGCAAUUCAGUUGGCUUGUUUCAAUGAAAUCAUUAAUAUUGGCUAUUUAGUUUAUCGAUCACACGAUCUACCAUGGUUUCGACCAUUAUCAUGGUAUUUUCUGUUCACAUCGAACUAUUAUUUAUUCGGUGAAAGUCUAAUUACACGAUUUCGACUCCUGUUGGCAAAAGAAGAUUUUCUUCAACCGUGGAUCACGCAUCAUCAGUUCAUCUCCUUCUCGUUAUACUGUGCUGGUAUUGUUGGAUUUGUUCUAAGCUUAGUGAAGCGUCAUUAUAUUAAACAGUUCACAUUGUUUGGUUGGACCCAUGUUACAUUACUCAUCUUUGUGACAUCAUCAUACUUCUGUAUAGAGAAUAUAUUCAAUGGAAUGAUCUGGUUCCUUCUGCCUGUCUGUUUAGUAAUAUGCAAUGAUAUCAUGGCCUAUGUGUUUGGCUUUUUCUAUGGAAAGACGCCAUUGAUUAAGCUGUCUCCAAAAAAGACAUGGGAAGGUUUUAUUGGCGGUGGUCUGUCGACAAUUGUCUUCAGUUUGAUCUUUUCAUACAUCCUGCUGAAAUUUGAUUAUUUCGUUUGUCCAAUUGAAUGGGAUGAUGCGAAGGGAGCGUUGACAAUGAAUUGUACACGGAAUCCUGUGUUUGUAGCCCAGACGUAUAAUUUACCAAAAUAUCUAUUCUUUCUACCAAUUCGUCAAAUCAUCUGGUAUCCAUUUUUACAGCAUUGUUUAAUUAUCAGCAUAUAUACAUCAGUAGUUGGUCCAUUCGGUGGAUUUUUCGCCAGUGGUUUUAAACGUGCAUUUAAAAUAAAAGACUUUGGGGAUUUAUUCCCUGGACACGGUGGUGUUGUAGAUCGUUUCGAUUGUCAAGUAUUAAUUGGAACAUUUGUGCUAUUCUAUUAUAAUUCAUUUGUUCGCAUUCACAGCCCCACAUCUUUAUUGCCUAAAAUCUUUAUAUUACCACCAAGUGAUCAGAUUACAUUCUAUCGUCUACUUACGGAUGGUUUAUACAAACGUGGCUUAUUAUCGGAUCAGUUGAUGAAUGCAGUGAAUGAAUUCCUCCCUCAAUCGUCAACAGGAAAUUCUCGAAUUGUUGUCCCAUCGGAAUCAACCACUGGAACAUAG